UCUUCUAUCUUCGAUCUUCUGUCUCUAUUAACUUCCACCUCAAGCCCGUCGAGUUCUCCUGCUUAUCGAUGCCUGCACAUUGAGAGUUGCUGUCGACCACUCGCUAGACUGAAGACUCACACCACCCGCUAAUCGUCGCCCCAGCAGCAACGGGCGCUACGCUCCUUCCGCCCAAGUAAGAUUAAAAAAUAGCAAUCAACACUCCACACAUUCCAAUCGGUCCACUUUUCGCUACAGCAGACCGUGCCUGGCGACAACAUCAAACAGCCGAGACGCAGUGCAAGGACCAGCACCGCUCCACAACUAUUGUGGUUCUCAGCUCAGCAGCACUGUUCGCUCUUAUCACGUCAAGGCGCUAAGAAAUCAAGGCACGAUCGACCAGACUAGUAUUAACUACGACGACAAAGGAAUAAAUAAAAAUGGCGACCCGCUAUGAUGACCCUCCCCUGCCAUCUCCACCACCCUCUGCACCAGCUCGUCACGGUCGCGGAUUCAGCUUCAGCGGAAAAUCAGAGAAGUCGCAUCGUUCCAGCGGCUCUGGACCUAAGCAAUCGCUCACAGAGACGCACGAGGAGAAACUCCGCCGAUCCUUGCAUACAAAGGCCGAUCCGACUCUCGCCAUGAACGAGGCCCAGCCAGCGGUGGUGGCUUUGGAAAAGUCGAAUCUAGUAUCACUCCGCGAAAUAUCACACAAAGAUCAUUAUGGGAAUGUUAUCACUGACCCGGAUCGCUCCAACCCAACCCGCCCUAGAUUAGAAAGACCUUUGGAGACCAUUCGGUCGUUUGAAGCUGCCAUUGAUGGCAGUUAUAGCAAUCGUCGCAUGUCAUAUGUCACAGCACCUUCAAACAGCCGACCAGGCAGUUACUAUGGUGGCAACGGUGGUGGUGGCCAUGGCUCCAAUAAUUACAGCGAUACGUACAACGGGCGGCCGGCUAAUUCGCGACCGGAAAGCUAUGUCGACUAUGGCGCCUCUAGUUCAAACCACUAUCCAUACAAUCAGCACACCUCGCGAGCCAGUCGUCCGCGAUACGGGGGCCGAAUGAAUUCCGAUUAUAACAACGGUGGAUCCGGGCAACACUUCUACCCAAAUUCUUCAUAUCAGCGAUCAAAUGACAAUGUUACGGCAGGAUCCGGGUCGGCCAAUACAGAUCAAUGGGGGAACUCGACUGAUCCGAGCUCAGUCAACAGCUCGUUUGAUCGGUUACAACAACAGGCGCAAUCUGCUCAGCAAAAGCAAGACAUUCAACGACCACCGGAGACGUAUGGCUUCAAUGGGUUCCCAGCGGGGCCUCAGGUUGACACGUCCUUCCAAGCACCACCGCCUCCAGUACAUAGACAACCGGGCUAUGUGAAUGGUGCCAAUGGUUCCAGCGGCCACCCUCUGCCACCUCCGCCGCUGUCAAAGGACCUUAACCAGGGCGUGUCGAAUGCACGAACCUCGUUGCGCAAGGCGGCGCCCAGCAACACGGCGCCUGCUGCGACGGCUAGCAAGCGGACGAGCUGGUUCAAGCGAAGGUUCAGCAAGAACGAUUGAUUGACUAUUUAUCUACAGAUAUGACUUAUACCUAAGGACGAUAAUAAACGGAUCAGCACGAAUCGGUUGGGACACGAAUACGGUCGGAUGGGCGGCGUUGCAGGUUAUAUUAUGCACAUAUUUUCUUCUCUCAACAGCUUUGUUAUUUAUUCAGGAUUUAGUGGUAUUACGAUUGUAUAGGUGUUAUAAACUAAUGUACGUGACGCACAGCUUCCACAUUGCGUCUGGUCCAAUGAUACUUUGAUCACUCCCAACAUUGAAUAUGUAGUAUAAACUCAAUUCUUAUUCUCGAUUCGAUGCUGUAUCAGAUAUCUCAAGCAAGCCACGAAGAACAAUGGAGAACAAAACCCCCAAAAUAAACAGUCU